UAAAACAGAUUCAACAAGAUUCCAGAUUGGCUUAUGUGCUUCUAGUUUGAAGUCUCAAGUAUGGGGCCUAGUUGUAUGCUUUUUUAAUUUAGGGGAUCAAGGUGAUACUUGACAAUAGUUCAUUGGAUUUUUGUGUAAUUAAUUCAUUGUGUAAACAUUGGAAACAAGAACAGAUUAAGAAUACAACUGAUAGGCCUUAAAAUCACUUAAUUUACCUAAAAAAAUGUUGAGGGAAUUGAAAUUAAAUAGCAUUGCCAAGUUGUAGACCAUUGGAAGUGAUAUAGACUGGUACAAAAUUGUUACGGAAUAAUAUUUGACCUUUAUAAAGUAUUUGUGGUGAUUAUUUAUUAUUAAUUUUUCAACAAAUAAUUAUGUUAUGUCGACCAAAUUGUGAAUCAUAAGCUUUGUUGGCGAUGAUCGUUUGUUUCCUUAUGGCUUGAAAUGAUUCAAUUAUUUUAUUACAUGUAGGAUAAAACGAACUAUGACUAAGAAAAGAGAUCGAUUUUGGGAGUACGUGGAGGAUUUAAAAGGUCGUUUUAAGUGUAACUUUUGUCAAAAAGAAUUUGCUGGAGGGAUAUCAAGAAUCAAAUCACAUUUGUCUGGUAAAGAAGGUUGUGACAUUGAAAUUUGUUUAAAAGUGCUUGAUAAUGUUCAAGUCGAGGCUUGUCAAGCAAUUGGCUCUCCUUGCAAGAAAGGUAAGAACAUUGCAGUUUCAAUUAGUGGUGUUGGGGGUGGAAUUAAUUCAACAUCGACAACAUCCAUGAAUGACAACGAUGCGGUCGACAAAAAGUUCAUUAAAUUCAUUCUUUUAAAUAACAUUUCUGUGGAUGUUAUUUGAUCACAAGCUUUCAUCGACUUCGUGAAAGGGGUUAGUCAAUUUGGCCCCGAUUUUGAACUGCCAAACUUAGUUCAUCAAGCCAAGUUAGUCUUGGAUUAUGAUAGGGCAAUUUUGUGGUAUGUUCGCAAUGCUAAGGAAUCUUGGGUUGUAACAGGUUGUACAUUGAUGGUUGAUAUAGAGAAUGGCGAUGAACAUUCAUAUGUUAAUGUUUUUUCAUAUUGUCCAAAAGGUGUAGUGUUUUUAAAGUCAUCGGUAACCUCAAGGGAUGGGAUGACCUGGAUUUAUCUUAAAGACAUUAUGUCUUCUACAAUUGAUGAAAUUGGGGUCAACAAGGUUCUACAACUUAUCGUUGACAACGAUGAAGGUUUUGAGUUAACCGCAUACAUGCUUUUAGAGUAUUCUCAGGUGUACAUAACUAGAUGUGCAAUUCAUGGCAUUCAAUCACUUUUAAUGGAUUUAUUUUCAAAAGUUGAUUGGUUUCGAAGGAUUACCAUGGCUGGAAAAAUGAUUCUCUCUUAUAUACAUAAGCGCGGUAUCAAUCUGUCUUUUCAAAUACAAAAACACACAAGAUACAAGAAAUUUGAACAUCCUUGUCUAGCUAGAUUUGCCUCUAACUUCUUGUUGCUCCACUCAAUUUUAGAAUUUGAAACUGAAUUGAAGGACUUACAUUACUAGAUUCAUCUUUAGAUUGCAAAAGCUUGGAUUUUAAUAUGCAAGAGUUGGCGAAGUGGGUUGCCAAUGUCAUUGAGACCACACCAUUCUGGACAUUAGUGAAAGAGGUAUUACAUAUUGUCGAUAUCCUGUUUCAAGUUCUCCAAUUAGUUAGUGGUGAUGCUCCUACUUCAGGCUACUUAUAUGAAGCAAUGAAAAAGGCAAGCACUGAAAUUAGGCAAUGUUGUAAUGAAGAUCAAGCCAAAUACAAGCUAAUUCUAGAAUUGUUUGAAGAAAGAAAAAUGAAUGAUAGAAUUCAUCCAAUACAUGCAGCUGCAGCCUUUUUAAACCCUGACAACAUGUGUAAUGAGAACUUUGUGGAGGAUCUUGAAAUGAAAGAAGGCAUAAGCUUUAUUGAGGAUAACUUGGUCGCUGCAAGUGAAAGACAAGCUUUUGCAGAACAGGUACAAUUGUAUCACCCGAAAGCACCAAAUGUUUUCACAACUACAGCAUUAAAGAUGUCAAAAACAUCACAUCCGCGUUUAUGGUGGCAUUAUUGUGGUGAGCAUCUACCAGUAUUGAAAAAAUAUGCUGUACGAAUUUUGAGCCAACCUUGUAGCUCGUCAUGCAAGAUAAAAAAAGUUGAUGCCCAAGACAGAUGAUGACUAUACACGGAUGAAUAUAUUGAUGAUGGAAAAAUUUAGUGGGACAAAAGCCCAAGACUUGGAGGCUAUUGACCUUGGCAAACUCAUUGGGCUUCCUGAAUAUGUCGAUCAUCAAGAUUUGGAUUAUUGUCCAAACUUUGAAUCAAUUUCUGAGAUAGCGGAGAAUGACAUGAUUGAUGAUCCACUCCGUUUAUGGCUACAGAAUGAGGUUGAUUUCAUAAAUUGGAACAUAACUCCAGAACAUGUAUUUUUAGUGUUUGAAGUAAUUUAGACAGAAGGGUUAUUCUUGGCUUCUUCUUCUUUAUUUUUUAAUUAUUUAUUUGGUAGAUGAACAUGGAUGAUCCUUGCUAAUUUGAAAUGUUUCUUGGAAGUAGAUUAAUUUUUUGGAGAUCUUAUUAUCUUGUGAUAUUAAGAAGUUGGAAUUUGAUUUA